ACGUGGCUCAGGGCCGCCAUCUUGGCGAGAGGCAAAGCGGCUGCGGCUCCUGUCAGGGGGGCAGCAGGUCCAGAGCCGCCGGUGCUUUCCUUUCCCUGACCUCAGCCCUAGCCCCAGUGGAGCCAGAGCGCGGGUGCGCCCCACCACCGCCCUCACCAUGGUGCUGUUGGCAGCAGCGGUCUGCACAAAAGCAGGAAAGGCUAUUGUUUCUCGACAGUUUGUGGAGAUGACCCGAACUCGGAUCGAGGGCUUGUUAGCAGCUUUUCCAAAGCUCAUGAACACUGGAAAACAACAUACAUUUGUUGAAACAGAGAGUGUAAGAUAUGUCUACCAGCCUAUGGAGAAACUAUACAUGGUACUGAUCACUACCAAAAACAGCAACAUCUUAGAAGAUCUGGAGACCCUAAGGCUCUUCUCAAGAGUGAUCCCUGAGUAUUGCCGAGCCUUAGAGGAAAAUGAAAUAUCUGAGCACUGUUUUGAUUUGAUUUUUGCUUUUGAUGAAAUUGUCGCCCUGGGGUACCGGGAGAAUGUUAAUCUGGCACAGAUCAGAACCUUCACAGAAAUGGAUUCUCACGAGGAGAAGGUGUUCAGAGCGGUCAGAGAGACUCAAGAACGUGAAGCCAAGGCUGAGAUGCGGCGUAAAGCAAAGGAAUUACAACAGGCCCGAAGAGAUGCAGAGAGACAGGGCAAAAAAGCACCAGGAUUUGGGGGAUUUGGAAGUUCCGCAGUCUCUGGAGGAAGCACAGCUGCCAUGAUCACAGAGACUAUCAUUGAAACUGAUAAACCAAAAGUGGCACCUGCACCAGUCAGGCCUUCAGGCCCCAGCAAGGCUUUGAAACUUGGAGCCAAAGGAAAGGAAGUAGAUAACUUUGUAGACAAAUUGAAAUCUGAAGGUGAAACUAUCAUGUCCUCCAAUAUGGGCAAGCGUACCUCUGAAACAACCAAAGUGCAUGCUCCACCCAUUAACAUGGAAAGUGUGCACAUGAAGAUUGAGGAAAAAAUCACACUAACCUGUGGACGAGAUGGAGGAUUACAGAACAUGGAGUUGCAUGGCAUGAUCAUGCUUAGGAUCUCAGAUGAUAAAUUUGGCCGAAUUCGUCUUCAUGUGGAAAAUGAAGAUAAGAAAGGGGUGCAGCUACAGACCCAUCCAAAUGUGGAUAAAAAACUUUUCACUGCAGAAUCUCUAAUUGGCUUGAAGAAUCCAGAGAAGUCAUUUCCAGUCAACAGUGACGUAGGGGUGCUAAAGUGGAGACUACAAACCACAGAGGAAUCUUUUAUUCCGCUGACAAUUAAUUGCUGGCCUUCAGAGAGUGGAAAUGGCUGUGAUGUCAACAUAGAAUAUGAACUACAAGAAGAUAAUUUAGAACUGAAUGAUGUGGUUAUUACCAUCCCACUCCCAUCUGGUGUUGGCGCACCAGUGAUUGGUGAGAUCGAUGGCGAAUAUCGACAUGACAAUCGGCGAAAUACCUUGGAGUGGUGCCUGCCAGUGAUUGAUGCCAAAAAUAAGAGUGGCAGCCUCGAGUUCAGCAUUGCUGGGCAGCCCAAUGAUUUCUUUCCUGUUCAAGUCUCCUUCAUCUCCAAAAAAAACUACUGUAAUAUACAGGUAACCAAAGUGACCCAGGUAGAUGGGAACAGCCCUGUAAGGUUUUCCACAGAGACCACUUUCCUAGUGGAUAAGUAUGAAAUCCUGUAAUACCAAGAAGAGGAACCGAAAAGGAAAACUUUCAAAUUAAUAAAAAAGAAGCCACAGUGGCUGAAGAGUUUUUUCCACAUCUACAAGCCAUUGGAGACCCUUUUUUCUGGUAUAAUACACGAUUCUCGGCGCGCAAGGACCCUCAACUCACCCUCAGUGUUUCAGUGUCACAGAGACAUUCUUCGGCAAAGAAAUGACACAAACAAAGGGAAAGGCUGCUGAUUUCUUUGGCAGAUUUUACUGGCCAGCAGGAAAACCAGCUCUCCAGAGAAUGCCCCUAGUUAAACACCUCUGCUUUCAUCUAAGUUGCUCCUUAAUUUAGUCCCUAAAUAUAGUUAUAUUUCGUACUUUGUUUUUUAAGUUUUUUCUACAGAAGAUUUUAAUCUUUCAUACUUCUUUACCUUCAUUUUUUUUUCUUUCUAUACAUUUAUUCAAGCACUGUAGGCGUUAUAUUUGUUUGGUACUCCUAGAACAGGUUGAUCUAAUUCAGUCUUGAUUUUUGGACUGUACACGUGAACUACUUAAGGUGUAUUGGGUCUAGAAGCUGAAAGAUAAGGAUGCCUCAUGUCCUUUUCCUAUAUCCGUUCAUCCCUCCACUCCUUUGCCAAGUUGUUUUCCUUUCAGGCCUGUCCGUCCAGUUUAGAACAGUACUGUGAAUCCCACUUGUGUCAAUAUUAAAGACAGCUGAGAAACAGCUUUCAAAUGACACAACCCCCACUUCAAGGUGUGUGGAAGGAGAAUGAUUAUGUCCAGUUAGGGAUUUCACAUCCACAGGUAAUCCUAUCUGCUGCUGGUGCUACCCAGGUUUCCAGUUGUCCACAUUUUGGGUACUUCAGCUGAAAUAUAAUAGCUCAUGGUCUUUGUAAUCCAUUCACAUUCCUCAGAUUCACCACCUCCCUCUUUCUGGCUGUUGUCCUUUCUUUUCUAGCAGAGAUGAGGUGAUGAUUUUGGAGGCUGUGGGUUCAGUGAGUCCCACUGGCCCUGAACUAUGGAGGAGAUUCCACUUCCACCACCAGGCUUUUAGCAUUUCAAGAGGCAGCUGAUUAUAUUGGUAGGUGUUAGAUUGCUCACAUAGACUCCCAUUUCCUUCUAACCUGCCCAGCAUUUUUUCACCAGCCUAUCUAUCCCUGUCUCUGAAAUCCUUCUCUUCUAAGUCUUUUCUGUUGAGUGUCAUAACGCAGUGGUUGUUUCUUAGCCCCAUUUCAACCAUUACUUUUUCAAUGGAGAAGACUACAUCAGCCAAGCCAGCAUCGGCUUUUUAACCCAGGAUUGCACUCAGGGAGGUUGGUGGAGUUGCUGCCAUUCUGCAGCCACAGGCAGGGGAAGAGGCAGAUGACUGUAGAUGAUUCCUGCACUUCCCGUUGCUAGGAGAGCACCACUCCCACUCUGAACAGCAUUGGCCUUCCCUGCGAACAGUGGACUGUUCCUGAAGCAAAGCAGUCACACACAAGUGGCCAUGGAUGGAAUUGUUUGCCAAAGAAAUUUCUGGCCUUUCCCUUUCCCUUAACUGCAUCAGGGAAGAAUCCUUAUCUGUAGUUCGGUUUCCACAUGAGGUUUUUUGAGGAAGGGGACUGGGGACAAGAAAUCUGUCAUGUAGUUAAAUAGGAAAGAAAUCUUAUUAAUCCAGUUUUGUUUGAGAGUUGCUUGUCCAUAUGAUUUUUUUUAAAGUCAAGUUUAGUUUCAUAAAAACUUUUUUUUCCUGAAAUUACUUUUGGGGUAAUAUUUAAAAUGAAAGACGUUUUGUAACCCUGUAAAAUACAUAGGGAAUAUAGCAUUCCAGUGUACACAAAGAAGGCAAAUUCUUUAAUCAAAUAAAGAGUAUUAUAAAAUGA